AUGGACCGUGUGAUCAGCGCGGAGACUACAACAUUCGCCAAGGCCGCGAUCCCCAUCCCGGAAUCGGGGACGCUGGAGACGUUCAUUGUUCCUCUCGUUCUUGAGAUCACCCGCAUCAAUGUCGUCGAGGUCUUCGUGGGGUAUCUUGCCCUGGCAUCGCAGUAUAGACAUGUGCUUCACCUGCAGAUGAAAACAAAAAACAGCGACAUCAACCCCGCGCAAGCUGUCGGCAAAGCCAGCGAUGAUCCCCAGUCCUUGGCAUUUGCCGAGCGCUCCGGUAAAAGUCCGAGAAAUGACGCUGUCAACUCCACUCCAAAGUCGAAGACAGCGAUACUGUUGGCGUUCAUCGCUUUCAAUCGUCCGGCAAAUAUCCGUGGUUGCGGGGCUCCACAGGGUUCCAAUUUCCUUCGAACCCCCACGCUAUGUUUCGUGUCUUUCACAUUUUCAUGA